AGAGAAGUGAAUCGCAGAUUAAUUCACGAACAUGCUCGAAUUGGCUACACUGCAAAAUUUCCCUUACAUUAUUUCUGAACCCUUUUCAAAAUCUGUUUCUCAUCCUCCUAUUUUCUUUUGCCGAAAUCAACUAAAAUCUUCACUACCCAUUCGCCGGUUCUUCAGUUACCCGUUGUUGGCACCUCAGAGCUUUGAAUCUAGUUACUUGACAUAUCGGAGAAAGAACUUUGUGACGCUUGUAAGAGCGAGUCGGAGAGAGUCACCGUACGAAGUGCUUGGUGUUUCUCCAACCGCAACUCCAAAUGAAAUCAAAAGGGCUUAUCGGAAACUGGCUCUGAAGUAUCAUCCCGAUGUUAAUAAAGAGCCUAAUGCACAGGAGAAAUUUAUGCGUAUAAAGCAUGCAUACAACACAUUGCUGAAUUCUGAAUCUCGAAGGAAAUAUGAUUAUGGGAAUCAAGGAUCUGAUUUUUCAUAUUCGUCUACCCAACGUAGCCAAAGUAGAAACACUCAAGAUGAAGAAACAUUUUAUGGACUCGGUAAUUUUUUCAAGGAUGUUCAAAUAGCACUAGGGGACUUCUUUAAGGAUCUUCAAGAAGAAUUUCGAAAUUGGGAGGCCAGUGCUUCUUCACAAGGGACGCCAAAGAGUCUAUGGGAAGAACUGGCGGAAAUUGGGGAGGAAUUUGUGGAAUUUCUUGAGAAAGAACUCAACAUAACUGAUGAUUCAGAAGCUGAAGCAAAUAACAACAACAAAGCAUCAGAGAAGACAGAUUCUUUCAGAACUUCCAAUACAGAUAAAACGAGAAACAACGCUCGAAGUCAAACCAGUAAGGGCAGUAGUAUCGAGGAUAAUAUCGACGAGAUAGAAGCCACACUUUUGAAGUUGAAGAAGGAAUUAGGCUUAUAGCAUGGAAAUGUAAAAUGAUAGCCUUUCAACCAUUCUGUCAAGAGAAACAUUAAAUUGGGACUGAUUUUGGAAGCUAACCUUGGUAGUCCUGGGAGGGAGGAGGUAACUCUUGACAGUAUAUGGCCUUUUCCAAUUCUCUGUGAUGGCCAUUGGAAUGGCAUUUAUACAAUUUGGAUGAGAUUGGCAAUAUCUUGGCCAUAAAUUCUGAUGUUAAUACUCUUUUAAUAUUGCUGCUGCUCACAGAGGUUUGAACUUCAAGUCACCUUCUAAAUAUAGGCAACAGAUUGAAGUUCCA